AGCACCACAGGACUGACAUUCUGCAGCUUCUGGAGCUUGAUGAAGAUGCCCACUACCCAGUGGUCAUCAACACGAUGAUGCUAUUCGAAGCCAACAAUGGAGGUGGGAGACUACUUCAACGCCUACCCCAGCGAGGGGUCAUCAACAUCUUCGACAACGCCCUUCACAGAGCCACCAAGAUGGUGUCAGUGAACUCUACACAGCAAGGCUGGCACAAGGUCAAACACCACCUGCAUACCCAAAUCACAGGUAAGAGGCCCUUACCAUAGAAAUCCUAUUAAAUUACUAGAGGGGCAAUAUUAUAGACCCUCAAAGUUCCAGAAUGGGGUGAAAAUAGCAGCCAUAUUGGUCAGUGCAAAAUCCAAACCAGUCUAAUUGGAAUGAAUUGUCGUAGACGCAUAAUACUGAUUUCCCUUGCAGGAAAAUACAAGUAUGGCAUGCAGGGGCGAUUUUAGCAUGUACAUCUUGGUGGGGCAAACAAAAAACAAAAUAGUUUUGAUGCAUGCCAGCAAAGCCACAACACAACACUAAACAAUACAUUAAUUUGACUAUAACGGUGACAAACGGUGCCCACAAACUGUUAGGGCCUACAUAAAGCUGUCCCAACAGCAGAGUCCCAACAGCAGUCCCAACACCUUACCACUGCUACAUCUGGCUAUCAGAGGAGCCUUGUCUGGCAGCGAAACAGUUUAUUCAGCCUCAUUUACUGCCUUUAAAAAAAAACAUAGCUGAUAUGGCUGACUUGCUUAAACAAAUGUGGUUUCUACUCACAAUUGAGAUGUACAAACUAUGGCAUAAGGGGACAACGAACGGAUAAGAGACAAUCCGUAAUUUCAAUUAAGACAGUAAUGAGCGAGCGAGGACGAACGUAGUCAAUUUAACUAUUUAUUCAGCACUUUUGAAAUGUACAGCGACAGAAUUCAGAACAUGGGCCGUUCUUACAGUAUUCUCCCUGUACACCAAGUCAGAACCGUAGGAUAAAUAAAGGGGGCAUAUAAGCAGACAAUGAAAGCUCUUACAAUAUUCGAUGAUGACAUUUCUCUAAAACAGACUAUAGGUUAAAUGUGCACCACCAAGUCAGAACAGUAGGCUAAGUUAUUAGGGGAAAAGGGAGCAAAUUAUUAGGGUAAGACACAUGGGCUACUAACAGCUUACUACACAACAUACACUUAGUAUUGCUUUCUUAGCUACAGUAUACAUAUCUCCCUGGCACAUUACAUCAUCUAUGCAGCAGCAUACAAUACCUUUUUGGACUCACCUUGUUGUGCUGUGUUCACUUGAACAGGUGGCAAACAAGGUGGCGCAGAGGUCCUUUGUGGCAUAUUUUGUCAUCAAAGUCUAUCAUUCUCUGGAUUUAUGGCGCUUUCAAGACAACUGGGAACUCUGAAAAAAUAACGUUGAAUUAUGAUGUCAGUGAUCUUUAGGUCGGAGCUCUAGAAAGAGGCCAGAGUUCCCGUCUUGGAAUUUCGAAUUGGAUGACCGUUCAAAACUUAUUUUCCCAGUCGGAGCUCGUUUUGUUCUGCGUUCCCAGUUGUCUUGAACUCACUGAAGUCUGAGAUUUCCCAGUUCCGAGUUUCCAGUUGUUUCGAACGCAGAAUAAGUUAUGCUGGAUUGACAGCAUGGCCAAUGUUGAAUGUUUAUCCUUUUAAGCUUGGAAAAGAGACCCUUAAACCCAGACUUGGACCACACACCCACUCCAUUAAAUAGCAGGCUAGUGAUUGCUUUACAAUGCUUGCAGUUAGCCACUGAUUCCUUUCAAACCACUCAUUGUUGAAUUUGCGAUUUCCAACUUGUUGUGUAAUGUUUAUGGCCGAUGAGCACCGAUUCGUUUUAUCUAUAAUUUUUCUUAAUAUGACAAGGAUUGAAAAGGAUUUGCCGGUAGAUUGUCGACUUGAUUCAUGAUGAUGACUGCUUGCUUGCAAGCUAAGAUUUUGGAAGUAUGAUGUUGACAUGAUCAGUCCAAUCAAAGCUACGGUACAUAUAACAUGAUUUGAGGUAAUUUUAUCUGUGGCCAAUGACCUUCUUGGAUGGGCACUUCUAAUGUAACUCUACGGCAGCACCCUAGGGGCUUGAAUUUUCGAGCUCUCCCCGUAGAUUUUGCGGUGACGUUGUGUCCCCAUGAGUGACAGAACACUGAGCUAAUCACGGCGCAACUAGAGGACAUUACCAACCCCUACGCUCCGUAUUUUCCACUGGCUGCCCUCCACCACCGAAAGCACUGAGCUAGGCUGAAACACCAGCAUUUUGGAGCUGCCUUACUCAAGAAAGCAAAAAAGAGACCAUGUUUGUAUGCGGCUUUAUUAACUCAAUUAUAUAUAUUUUUUAACAUUGUUUGCAAACUGAUAUGUGACACGUAUUAAUGCCAAAAUAACAUGCAAAACAGGCAAGAAAUGGCAGGUCGCCACUGAUGGCAUGUGAUAUAUCAGAAAUUGUGUAGUAGAAUUAUUGUUAAUCUAAAAUAUUGUCAUAUAAUUAUAAACGGGUUGGAACCUAAAUUAUUUUCCAAUUGUUUCGUUCUGAACAGAACCACAAUUUUUUUGUUCCGUUCCACUGUUCCGACCAGCAAAAUAAAGUUCUGAACCGUUUCGAACCCAAAAAAAGUACAGGUUUAUAUCGUUUCUUGUGUCUGUCAGACUAGCGCAACCUACACACCUAAUUACUUUAGCCAUUGUGCACUGCGGUUUGAGGUCUCACCACUACAGAGAGCAGUGUUAUAAUUAGCCAGAGGAUGCGCUUCAAAGGGCUCUUGGUGAUGUAGCCAUGUGUGUUCUGGUGGGGAAUGUUACUGCUACAAGGCCAUGUUUAAGGUCAGACCAAUAUAUUGCUCCUCAGGGUAUGCUGGGCUGUUUUGAUGCCUACAUGUUUUCAACAUGUUGCUGGCUCGAAAUACAAAGUAUGUCUCUCUGUGGAGAGGACCGCUGUAUGUGGGCUGCAUCUUAAAUCUGAGUUGUCUAAUCUCAUUGAGAACAUGGAAAGUGCUUCACAUAAAAGCACUGAAGAUGUGGACGGAAAAGGUAAAUGCCAUUUGAGAUGCCAGAUGGAGAGAGAUUAUAUGUUCUAUGAGUCCAUGAUAGCAUUUGUUGGACUGGAAUAUUGCAUUGGAUCCAUCAUAAAGCCCUAUUUUCAUUUUAUAUUCUGUCAGUGCGUGGGAUGAAAGAAGAGCAGUGUCACCUAUUAAAUCAAAUCAAAAUCAAAUCAAAUUGUAUUUGCCACAUGCACCGAAUACAACAGGUGUAGACCUUACCGUGAAAUGCUUACUCACAAGCAAUGUUCCCUCUAAUCUUUUUCAUCACUGAGCAAAUUUCUGGUCUGCUGAGCGCAAACUUGAACAUUGUGAAAAUUCUGUGCAACUUCCGGUGUGUGUUUACUGUGAACACUGAGGCUGUACCUGCUUUAAGUUAGUUUUAACAGUGGUCAAGUAGGCUACUGUUGCUAUUUGAUCAUAAUGUAGGCCACCAGAGUGGAGAGAAUGCAUCUCAUAACAUUUUGACAUGGAAAUAGCUGUUCUAUCGUUCAGCCUACAGUAGCAGCCAAUGUGUGAUGUUCAAUGUAGGCCUACAUUCCAUGAGACAUGCAGGUCUUGACAUUAACCUGUUAGUCCACUUGUGACUGAAAAUGUUGUUGUUUGUUUGAUACAAGAAACAACUUUACAAAAUAAAAUGCAUAAUUAUUCACAUACCAUUAUUACACAGAAUCAGACAAGUUAUGCUACCCUCUGCCUAUUGGCUACUUAGCUUAUUCAAGCCUAUCUCAAAAUACAACACUGCCCCUUUAAGACAAAAAAAAGCUCUUUACCUGACUCACUUUUCAAAUAUGUCUAGAAAUGUACACGUUUUGUGCUCUUGUAGGAAGCAAUCACUCCCCCAUUGCUGACUACAAAUGAUCUAUAACUGGGCUGAUAACUCACUAACUAGCAAAGGAUAUGAACAAAUGUACAAAUGUGCACACGUCGCUACACGUUGCAACAUGUAGCUCUCGCUUUGAUCUCAAAACAAGCGCAUCUAAUCACGACCGCUCAUGCUGUAAAAACAGUCCAGUUCAAAGUGAAUGGCACAGAUCCAUAUACGGCAAUGGUCUAUUUGCAUAUAGGCUACUGCAGCUCUGAUUGGUUAUGGCGCACCGGUCUGUGUAGAGUACGGGCCUGAGUCGUGCCUGUCAAUGCAAUAGAAUCCUACUCCGAUGCGUUCUGCCUACAAAAAAAUAUCUUGCAUAGUUCGUUUUGCAUACUAAUAAGUCUUGCAUAGUUCGUUUUGGUUUCGGUAUGGUGCAUUGAAAGUGGCUAAUAUUGUGUUGAUUCGAUCACAAUUUCCACAGUAAAGGGAAACGUUGAUAGUGUUAACUAACAUUUACAUUUUAGUCAUUUAGCAGACACUCUUAUCCAGAGCGACUUACAGGAGCAAUUAGGGUUAAGUGCCUUGCUUAAGGGCACAUCGACAGAUUUUUCACCUAGUCGGCUCGGGGAUUAGAACCAGCGACCUUUCGGUUACUGGCACAACGCUCUUACCCACUAAGCUACCUGCCGCCCCAACGUGGAAAACUCUAGAAAGUUUAAUCUCGUGCUUCUCUGUGCGGGCUGAUAUUUGUUCUGCGUGGCAGUCCCUGGGAGCUGCGUGCCCGCGCACGAGCGCAUCUUAGGGGGAACAUUGCUUACAAGCCCUUAACCAACCAUUUUUUUAGGUGAAUAAGCAAAUAUUUGCAUAAAAAAAGAAAAGUAAAAUAAACUAAAUUUAAAAAAAAUAAUGUAACACAAUAAAAUAACAGUAAUGAGGCUAUAUACAGGGGGUACCGGUACCGAGUCAAUGUGCAGGGGUACAGGUUAGUCAAGGUAAUUGAGGUAAUAUGUACAUGUGGGUAGGGGUAAAGUGACUAUGCAUAGAUAAUAAACAGAGAGUAGCAGCAUCGUAAAAAAGUGGGUCAAUGCAAAUAGUCCGGGUAGCCAUUUGAUUAACUGUUUAGCAGUCUUAUGGUUUGGGGUGAUAAGCUGUUAAGGAGCCUUUUGGACCUAGACUUGGCGCUCCGGUACUGCUUGUCAUGUGGUAGCAGAGAGAACAGUCUAUGACUUGGGUGGCUGGAGUAUUUGACAAUUUUUAGGGCCUUCCUCUGACACUGCCUUGUAUAGAGGUCCUUGAUGGCAGGAAGCUUGGCCCCAGUAAUGUACUGGGCCGUACGCAACACCCUCUGUAGUGCCUUGCGGUCGGAUGCCGAGCUGUUGCCAUACCAAGCGGUGAUGCAACCAGUCAGGAUGCUCUCGAAUGUGCAGCUGUAUAACUUUUUGAGGAUCUGGGGACCCAUGCCAAAUCUUUUCAGUCUCCUGAGGGGGAAUAGUAGUCCUCUGUAGCUCAGCUGGUAGAGCACGGCGCUUGUAACGCCAAGGUAGUGGGUUCGAUCCCUGGGACCACCCAUACACGAAAAAAUUUAUGCACGCAUGACUGUAAGUCGCUUUGGAUAAAAGCGUCUGCUAAAUGGCUUAUUAUUAUAAUAGGCGUUGUCGUGCCCUCUUCACGACUGUCUUGGUGUGUUUGGACCAUGAUAGUUUGUUGGUGAUGUGGACACCAAGGAACUUGAAACUCUCAAAUCGCUCCACUACAGCCCUGUCGAUGUGAAUCAGUUCCUUUGUCUUGCUCACGUUGAGGGAGAGGUUGUUGUCCUGGCACCACACUGCCAGGUCUCUGACCUCCUCCCUAUAAGCUGUCUCAUCGUUGUUGGUGAUCAGGCCUACCACCAUUGUGUCGUCAGCAAACUUAAUGAUGGUUUUGGAGUCAUGCAUGGCCAUGCAGUCAUGGGUGAACAGGGAAUACAGGUGGGGACUAUGCACUCACCCCUGAGGGGCCCCCGUGUUGAGGUGUAGCAGAUGUGUUGUUAAUUACCCUUACCACCUGGAGGCGGCCCAUCAGGAAGUCCAGGAUCCAGUUGCAGAGGGAGGUGUUUAGUCCCAGGGUCCUUAGCUUAGUGAUGAGCUUUGAGGGCACUAUGGUGUUGAAGGCUGAGCUGUAGUCAACGAACAGCAUUCUCACGUAUAAUAUAAUAAUAAUAUAAUAUGCCAUUUAGCAGACGCUUUUAUCCAAAGCGACUUACAGUCACGUGUGCAUACAUUUUUAGGUAUGGGUGGUCCCGGGGAUCGAACCCAUUACCCUGGCGUUACAAGCGCCAUGCUCUACUAAUUGAGCUACAGAGGUGGGAAAGGGCAGUGUGGAGUGCAAUAGAGAUUGCGUCAUCUGUGGAUCUGUUGGGGCAGUAUGCGAGUUGUAGUGGGUCUAGGGUUUCUGGGAUGAUGGUGUUGAUGUGAGCCAUGACCAGCUUUUCAAAGCACUUCAUGGCUACAGACGUGACUGCCACGGGCGGUAGUCAUUUAUGCAGGUUACCUUGGCGUUCUUGGGCACAGGGACUAUGGUGGUCUGCUUGAAACUUGUAGGUAUUACAGACUUGGUCAGGGAGAGGUUGAAAAUGUCAGUGAAGACAUUUGCCAGUUGGUCAGCGUAUGCUCUGAGUACGUGUCCUGGUAAUCCGUCUGGCCCUGCGGCCUUGUGAAUGUUGACCUGUUUAAAGGUCUUACUCACAUCGGCUACGGAGAGCGUGAUUACACUGACAGUGUCUGCAGGUCAACAGAUAUAUCAGGAAAAUAGACUUCACAAGUCUCGUGUGGACUCGCAGUGGUCACUGCUUAGGCCUAAAGCCUGUCGCAUGCUUCCCAGUCAAAACAGUUCACUCAUAUAUUAGUCGAAGUUCAGUAGCCGAAGUCUACGCCCCUUUGUUGAUGAUUGGUCAACGGUACUAACUCCUAGUAGGAGUAGGACAUAUGGACAGGAUUCUUCUAUGAAAUGUUUGUUGUCAUUCAAUGAGAGACGACUACUUUUCAUGCACAUUUUUUCACUUGAGAAAUACUGCACCAAACAUCUUAGUUAGAUGUAAAAUUCCGUGACUAAGACCUCCUUGGCAAAAACGUCAAAAUUAAUGACAGAUUUCUUGAUUUAUUUUAGAUUAAUUCAGUCUAUUUUUAGAAUAGACUGGCUAUGUUGUUGCUACGGCGUCUCAAUAGGGACAAACAGUAAUAUUUUUAUUUUUAAGCAAAGGUCUUUUAAGGGACUAUGCGAGGCACAGACAUUCGCUUCGCCUAGCCAAGUUCUGCUAGGAGCAAACCGAACCUUUUAUGCGGGUGCUUUUAAGCUAGCUAUUAAAAUAAAAGAGGGCUAGGUACUUUUAUCCAAUGAAAAUCAAUACUGUAGGCUACUUAACAGAUGUACAGUAAGGCAACAACUUGUGCUGAUGUUUAGGCCAAGCAUUUUAACAUUUUUCUAUGUAGUGUGUUUUAUUUGACUCUUGCAAGAUGCAUGCACUCUCCUCAAUACAAGAGUGGGUAGAGAUCCCCAUCUGGUGGUAUAUAUUGAGCAUGACAAGUCAUGCUGAGCUUUUCAUUUCCAAGAAUGUUGGUGCAGUUGUGUUAGCAAUUCUGAUUUUAAAGUCUAGUCCAGUGCUCCUUGGUCUAUUUGAUGUCCAUGACCUUAACCUUCUCUGCUGAAUGUGUCAUCAAGCCUCAGGUCUUCCUGUGUGUCCAGAGCUCACCGGGGAGAACAUCCCUAAGUCUCGAGACAUGGGUCACUUCCUGUCCGUCACAGGCACGGUCAUCCGCACCAGUGUGGUCAAGGUCCUGGAGUACGAGAGGGACUGUGCUCUAAAUGCCGUCACGUGUUCUCCCUGCAGGGUAACUUUGAGCAGUUCUACAUCUGCAAGCACAAAUUGUAAGCCUAUAUUUGAUCAGACUGCAGCCCCUCUUUCCCUGCUGAUUUGUUUGCCCAGGCUCAGAGGCUGUCUGUGGGCAGUAUUUCUCGCUCCAUGGUGGUCAUUCUGGAGGAUGAUCUGGUAGACAGCUGUAAAUCAGGUAACACUGGUCACUAUGACAUCACUUCCCACUGGGAACAGAUGUCAAUUCAACGUCUAUUCCACGUUGGUUCAAUGUAAUUUGAUUCAACCAGUGUGCCCAGUGGGUUGUUACUAUGAUGUAAUAUUACAGUUGAAGUUUAUAUUGGAAAUGACAUCACAGUGGGAAUUGUUACAUAAAGGAUAUUGUCAUAUUAUGGGAUAAAAAAAAUAUAUAUUUAUUUUGCAGAGGUGACAUCAUUAUGUUGCUAGGUAGAUUGUGACAUCACUGAGUAUUGGAAUUCCACAGUGUGAUGUGUGACCAAUGAUGUCAUAAUACUGUAUGAUGUUUGGAUGUUACAUUGUGGUGUCAUUUUGUGUAUGAUAACAUCACAAUACUGUAUGAUUGGCUUUCACCCAAGAUGAAGUCACAGUAGAUGAAUAGGAAUGUUUUUAAAGGGAUUAGUGACAUCACAAUGAAUGUUGGGCUGAGUUUCUAUUAUCUCACUAUUGUGAUCAAAAGAAGUAAGGAGAUGAUGUCGCAGUGCAUGGAGUAGUUUCUCAGCGACGGAAGCACCUGUACGAGGGCGCACGUUGUGAACUGGAUCUGGUGUUGAAAGCCAAGUUUCUUGAACUGAACAAUAAGCUGACCGUGGCAGCUCUGGUCCAAGAGGACAUGCAGAAAUGCAGAAGGAGUUUGACUAGUUCUGGGAUAAUUGCAAACAUGACCCUAUAGCUGGUAUAUAAAAACGAACCUAACUAACUUCCAUUAAAACUGUUGCCAUAUAGAUUUAGAUACUACUUUUCAAUUUAUUUAAUAGUCAUUAUUACUUGAUAAAUACUAUGAGAUGAGAUGGAGAUUAAGUGCUUAUGGAAUUUGAUUGGUGUUCUUUUUCCAUUUUCUCUCCGAAGGCAGGAACCAGAAUCUCAUGAGUCUGUGCCCACAGGUGUUUGGAAUGUACGUAGUUAAAUUAGCUGUUGCCAUGGUGUUAGCCGGUGGGGUGCAAAGAAUAGAUCCUUCUGGAACAAAGUUAAGAGGUAUCGAUCCUUGUUCUAAACGUGGGCCAAUUUUUCUCACAUAUCUUAUAUACUGCAAAUAACGGUGUCCAUGUUAAAAUCUGAUUCUAGAUCUGUAAUUUCGUCCUUGUUUAAGUGAGUCUCAUCUUCUGCUGGUGGGACGUUUCUGAAGUACGCUGCUAAAAUCACUCCCCACUCAGUCCUCACUGCUGGUAUCUGCUCCACUACCAAAGGUCUGUCUGCCCUCUGCUGGUGCAUCUGAUACAGUGCACUUUGCUUAGAAGAAUCCAUGAAAUAACCACUUAUAGUAGUAAAAAAUGUAGUGUGUGUUGUGUGGCAGCUGUGAAGGACUCUGGGGAGUGGCAUCUAGAGGCAGGAGCUCUGGUGCUGUCUGACGGGGGCCUGUGUUGUAUUGAUAAGUUCAACAGCAUCAAAGAGCACGACCGCACCAGUCUCCACGAAGCCAUGGAGCAGCAGACCAUCAGUGGGGCAAAGGCAUUGUAAAGAAAAUACAGUUUUUAUAUGUAUAUAGUCAUAAUAUAAUUCCAGAUUCCGGUUCUAUAAAGCCUCUUGCUGUAGUGUAUCUUGCACUCGAAGUUGGUCUUUACUUCUGUUGUGGGUUGAGAGUAAGACAUAUCGAACAUGAUAAUGUCAGUAAAAAGAUAAUGACAUAAUGACACACAUAAUGCACCUUCAUUGACUUUGUGUGGUCUAUUUCCCUCUAUCCUGCCCAGCAUGGUGUGUAAACUGAACACCAGGACAACCAUCUUGGCUGCCACCAACCCUAAGGGUUAGUAUGACCCCAACGUGCCUGUGUCGGUCAACGUGGCCCUUGCCAGCCCCCUGCUCAGCCGUUUUGACCUGGUCCUGGUCCUGGUCCUGGUCCUACUGGAUAAUAGAGAC